AUGCAAGUGUUAAUCACUUUAGUUUUGGUUCUUGGUUUUGUUUCACCUUCUCUAUGUACAAGGUGGAAUGUAGUUGAAGCAAACAAUAAUAAUAAUACAUAUAAUGUGAUGCAAUAUGGUGCUAGUGGUGAUGGCAAAUCUGACGAUUCACAAGCAUUUUUAAUGGCAUGGAAUAGUACGUGUGGAGUACAAGGGGAAGCAACACUAGUUAUACCACCAAAACUAUCAUUCUUAGUGAACAAUUUAAUAUUUACAGGUGAUUGCAAGGCCACAAGUAUUACAAUUCAGGUAGUUAUGAUUCAAUAUAUAAACAACCUUACAAUUGAUGGUCAUAACACUGGAAAAAUCGACGGCUAUGGAUCUACUUGGUGGGAAUGUAAAAGUUGCCCUAGACCUAGAGCCAUAUCUAUCCAUUCAUGCAAUGAUCUUAUUUUUACUAACCUGAGGGUGACUGAUAGUCCAGGAGGUCAUAUAUCCAUAAAUGGUUGCAAGAAUGCAACAUUCUCUCAUUUAUUUGUUGAUGCUCCCGGUACUAGUCCCAAUACAGAUGGUUUUGACAUUUCUGCUUCCCAAAAUAUUCUCAUAAAAAAUUCUGUUGUUAGCACAGGUGAUGAUUGUGUUGCUGUAAAUGGUGGUUCCUCAUACAUCAAUGUUACUCGAAUUGUCUGUGGACCCGGCCAUGGGAUAAGCAUUGGCAGCCUCGGUAAAGGUGAAUCUUACGAGACAGUUGAAGAGGUUCAUGUAUACAAUUGUACCUUCGCGAACACCACAAAUGGAGCAAGAAUCAAGACAUUUCCGGGUGGAUCAGGUUAUGCAAGGAAUAUUACUUUUGAGCAAAUUAAUCUUAUAAAUGUUACCUAUCCAAUAAUUAUCGACCAACACUAUGGUGUUAAAGAUGCAACGGAAUCAGCUGUACUAGUGAGUGACGUAACAUAUCGUGGAUUUAGUGGAACGGCAUUUCGUGACAUUGCUAUUAAGCUACUCUGUAGUUCAUUGGGUUGUUCCAAUAUUGUAUUGGAUGACAUUAACAUUGUCUCUUCUCAAAUUGGAAAGAGAGUUGGUGCAUUUUGCCAAAAUCUUAAUGGAACAAUUGAAUCCACUGUUCCAAAGGUCUCAUGCUAA